AUGUCGGCCACGCCUGAGAAUCAAUACUACCGGGUGGGGGUUCUUCUCUUUCAAGGCACGGAUAUUCUUGAUUUCACAGGCCCGAUGGAGGUUCUGUCUCAUGUUUCCCAUAAUCGGAAUCCGGAUGCUCCAGACCGGAUGUUCGAAUUUCAAACUUUUGCUCGGGAAUCGACCAUACGGGCGGCAAACAUUCUGACACUGAGUGUGGACACUCUUUUGGAGGAUGCGCUGAAGGCAAUCUCCGAAUACGAUAUUCUAAUUGUUCCAGGAGGCCCACCUUCGACAGUUCAGCCACUGCUUGAAGGGAAUUCCCUAGAAAUAGAAAUAAUCCGCAAGUUUGCGAGUCUACCUCGAUCACCUUCCGAACGCCCACGUGUGCUUUUUUCGGUUUGCACCGGCGCCUUUCUACUCGGUGCCGCAGGCGUUCUCUCCGGUUUGACUGUUACUACACAUCACCGAGCUGUUGAUACCCUUCGGGACAUAUGUGUUCAAUUCGGAGACAAGAACGAGACCCCGGCAAAUGUAGUGCACAAGCGCUACGUUGAUGGUGGAUACCUCAAGGGAGAUGCGGUGCAAGUCAUUACAGCUGGUGGGGUUAGCUCUGGUCUUGAUGCCAGCUUUCAUAUUGUGCGUCAGCUAUCAAGUCCAGAGAUGGCUGCGUUUGUGUCUCGGGUGAUGGAGUAUGAUUGGACUGAUUUGGGAAGGUGA